AUGAGCAUCACGCUUCCCUUGUCCUCGGAGGCGGCCAAGACGAGUGUGCCGCCAACCAGGGAGAGGACUACCUCCCCGGCCCUCUCAUCCGAAGCGAGAGAGAUACUUGGCGACUUCGAGGACAAAUUCAUUGAGGUAGGCACCUGCGCCAGCACCGGCAAGCGUGUCACCAUUUGCUACAACACCUUCGGUGACCCCUCCAACCCGUGCCUGCUGCUCGUGCAGGGUCUCGGCAGCUCUCUCCUGGUCUACCUGCCGCGCUUCGUGCAGCUCUUUGUUGACCAAGGCUACUACGUCAUUCGCUACGACAACCGGGACACAGGUCUUUCCACGCAGUUCAACGAUUUCGCCCCCCCGGCGCUCAUCCGGCUCAGUCUGCCGCAGUGGAUGUCCAUCGGUGAACGCCUGCCAUACGUCCUAAAUGACAUUAUGGAAGACGGAAUCGGGCUGCUGACAGCGCUCAACAUCCGCCAGGCCCACGUUUUCGGGAUGAGCAUGGGCGGCAUGAUUGUGCAGCUCAUGGCGAUCCACCACCCGGAGCGCGUGCUGAGCCUGAACAUUCUCUUCUCCCACGUCGGCGGCGCGGACGUUGUGAACCCGAGCCUGCUGCACUAUGCCCGCUUUCUCGCGAAGCCGCGCAGCAACAGCGCUGAUGACCGUGCGGCGCACAUGGCAUGGUUUAUCGAUUACCUGAGCCAGGGCGCGUACAAGGGCAACCUAGAGAAGGUGAAAAAGUUCAUCUUGAGCACGUACGAGCGCAACGGCGUGGGAGACGACCGGGGAAUGCAGCGGCAGGCAGCUGCAGUAAUGCGUGCACCGAGCCGCGCCAAGGGCCUGCGCAAGGUGACCUGCCCGACGUUAAUCCUUCACGGUGCCAAGGACCCGCUGAUACCGGUGGCAAACGGCUACCGACUUGCCGACCUGGUGCCGAACGCGAAGCUGGUGAUCUUUCCUCGGCUUGCCCACUACCUGCCGCUCGAGCUGAUGAAGCCGAUCGCAGAUGAAGUCGUGCUGAACAUGAGCCUCGCGAAGCCGUCCUGA